AUGCGCAGCAGCGAGACCCGUCUCCCCCCACCAUUCCGGGACGACACGCCUGCUACUCCCGUGUCUGGCUCCGGCUACCACCUCUAUAACAUCUACGAAUACCUCACACAGCCGGGCAAGAACAAGAAGAUGCCCAUGACGCUGGGUAUCAAUAUACCAAAGGGGAUGAUCAUGAUUGCUCCUGAAAAAUCCCGCGAUGGCCCGCAGCAGGAAUGGAGUGCGGAGAAGAUGGAGUAUUAUUCCCAAGAAGGCAAGCACAUCUUCAUGGAGCUCAAGCAGCCCAGCAAAAGCAUCGACUUCCACUGCGGGGCCAAAGACACUGCCUCGGAAAUCAUGUUUGCGCUUGGUGAGCUCGCUGGAGCAGCCAAGGGUGCUGGGCUGCGUGAAGUGCUCGCUGCUGGCUCUGGCAACUCGAACGUGCAAAAGAAGGGCAAGAUGUUGUUCGACUUCAUGGCACAAGGCGACGACGAAGUCACAGUAGGCCUCGAUGACGAGAUCCUGAUUCUUGACGAUUCAGCGAGCGACGAGUGGUGGAAAGUCAGACGGCUGAAAAAUGGCAAAGAAGGUGUCGUGCCCGCUAACUACGUUGAGAUCACAGAGACGGUCCCAAUACACAAUUCUGCUUCCCACAUCGCUCGAUCAGGCACAAAUGCCGGUCGGUCGAUAGUCGAACAGAACAGACGCGAGGAAGAGGAACUUGCGCGUCAGGCUUCGAGACGGAAGAGAACGGAGAGCGAAGCAAGGACCGAUCAGGUAGGCCCUGGCCUGCAUUUGCCCUCGCGUAAUUCCAGCCUCAUGCAAACAAACGUUGACCACCGUCGUACUUCGCAGAGAUCGAGCAAGCGUGAAAGCUCUUCCAAGGACCCAAGCUCAAAGUCCUCCUCCAAGCCUAAUCCCGCCAAGGUGCGCACUUGGACAGACCGAUCUGGCUCAUUCAAGGUUGAAGCCGAGUUCAUUCUUAUCAAGGAUGGCAAGAUUCACCUUCAUAAAGUGAAUGGUGUCAAGAUAGCGGUGCCUGUAACCAAGAUGUCAGUUGAAGACUUGGAAUACGUCGAGCGUGUCACGGGUGAAUCAUUGGACGAUGACAAGCCAUUAUCGGAUCUAAAGAAAAGAAGUGAGCAAAGGGAGCAGCGGGCUCGAGAUACAGGGCCGCGAUCGCCGGCUGGAAUCACCGUAGAGAAGAAGCCAGACUAUGAUUGGUUUGAUUUCUUCCUCAAGUGCGGCGUCAAUCCCCAGAUAUGUGAACGGUAUGCCCAGGCCUUCUACAAGGAUCAGAUGGGUGAGGAGAAUAUACCUGAUAUCACGCCGACACUUUUGCGUACAUUGGGUCUGAAGGAGGGUGAUAUCCUUCGUGUCACCAAAUACCUAGAUGGCAAGCUUGGACGAACAGGUGGUGACAAGCGCAGCGUCAGCUUUGCUGAAGAUGGUGAGGAGGGAAGCGCGGGUGGACUCUUCUCCGGCCCUGGUGGCGCGCUGAGAAACAACACCCGCAAGGGACGGCCUGCACCUCCUGUCCAGACCAGCGAUGUUGUCGAUGCGAAGGCCUUUGAAUCAAAGACAGACGGCUCAGUCAAGAAGGCAACAGACGGCACGGCAACUCCGUUGGUCUCUGCCCCGACGCCAAAUAAGGUGGAAGGAUUCGAGGAUAAUGCUUGGGAUGUCAAGCCAUCCAAAUCAGCGUCUGCAUCUACCGCACCGCCCGCUGCCUCACCAUCCUCAACAGAAGCAGCCGCUCCUGCUGCGAAAGCACCUACGCUCACGGGCUCUCUAGGCGAGCUGUCUCUGCUCGAUAUGCCUGCAUUGAAGCCUGAGGAGAUAGCUCAACCAGCGCCUACCCCCGCCUCUCAGGCAGCUCUAGCCCCCCAAUCCUCUCAGACCUCUCAACCAGCUCAAGGACCCGCCCCUUCUGCGCCAGCUCCUGUCCAACAAGCGCAGCCAAUUGGUGCUACUCCAACUUUAUUCGAGCAAGUUGCUGCCAUCAAGGCUUUGACGCAGCCUCAUAACAUUGCCCCUCCUCGGAUGCGACCACAAGCACCCCAGCAACAACAGGCAGGAGGACUCAUUGCUCCACCGCCACAACGCUCCUCUUCUGCUCCCAUGAAUCCCCAACAGAGCGCAUUUGGUCCGCCCCCACCGUUGCAGCCCCAACUUACAGGCUACAACCCAAACAUGAUGCAGAACAUGCAGGGUAUGCAACCGCAGAUGACUGGAUAUACACAACAGCCUGGCAACAUGGGUCUUCAAAAUGGCCUCAUGCCUCAACCAACAGGCUACAACGGCAUGUCUCCACCACAACAGCCUAUGCAGACUGGUUUUGCGCCGUUUCAACAACAACAACAACAACAACAACAAGCUGCCGGCUUCCAACAGCCCAUGCCAACAGGCUAUCAGCAGCAGGGAUUUCAGCAAAACUUCCCCCAAAAUGGAAGCCCAUUUGCUGACCCUCCGCACGCACCAUUCCAACCUAUGCAGCCUCAGCAGACGGGCUAUAGCACCUUUCAGCCAUCCCCACUCAAUCCACAAGCCACGGGUAUCAACCGCUUUCUACCUCCUGCGAUUCAGCCUCAGCCCACUGGAUUCAUGUCCGGACAGGCUCCUCCGCCCGUUCCACCGAUGCCCUCGAUGCCCAACAUGCCGCAGACCAAGCCUCUAGUAGCGCAAAAGACGGGCCCCCCUCCGACGAUCAAGUUUGGCGUGCCCGCAGCCAAAAAGCUGACGCCGCAACCGACGGGGAGGGCGAACCUUGCCAAUGCCACUCCGCAAAAUCCGUUUGGUUUCUAA